AGAUAUUACGUUGACUUUUGGGGAGAAAGACAAAGCAAAAGGUGAGAAAGGAGGGAGGCGAGCCGUCGCGUGUAAAUUCACCAACCAACAUAUGAUUCAUGAAGUUUGAAGAAGAAAAGCAGCAUUCUUUGUAGAUUCAUUUGAUCGGUAAGCGCGACAAACAUGGCUUCAGAUCUUGGCGGAGGGAUGGUUGUUGUGAUCAUGGGAGUCAGUGGUGCUGGCAAAUCCACGAUAGGUGAGAUGCUGGCGAAAGAGAUAAAUUCUAGCUUUAUAGAUGCAGAUGAUUUCCACCCUCAAUCAAACAAAGAAAAGAUGCGUAAAGGGAUCCCUCUCACAGAAGAAGACCGGAUUCCUUGGCUUGAGACACUUCGAAAUAGCGUAAGGGACAAGUUGGUCGCUGGAGGAACUGUGAUUCUUGGGUGUUCGGCUCUGCAGAAGCGAUACAGAGAAAUUUUAAAAUCUGCCGACCCUAACUAUAAACCGGGAAGUUGCACCAGUUUGGUGAAGUUCGUCUUGUUGGAUGCUCAGGCAGAGGUGCUGGCUGCUAGAUUAGAGAAAAGAAUUGCGGAAGGGAAGCAUUUCAUGUCACCUGCACUUUUGCAGUCUCAGUUGGGGUUGCUUCAGAUUGAUGAUUCUGAAGGAAUACUUAAAGUUGAUGCCACUUUAAGUCCUCAAGAAAUUGUAAACACCAUUCAAAGAUUGCUUUUCGAUUUAGGAGUUCAGAAUUGUAAUCAUUAGGCCUGUUUAGCAGCAGCCUAGUACGAAACUGUAGAUUUCUUCCGGUUCAAAACGUUCUACAGAUGUGUAAUCCGAGUAUUUCGUCAAUUAAGAUGCAUUCCUGUUCCCGUCUC